AUGCUAGUUACCUUUAGCUCAAGGGCUACAUCUAACAAUUUAAAUCAAAAUGAUGACCGCAGCACCGAAACGAUGAAUUCGAGUGGGGAAAACACGGAACUGAAUACACCAAAAUCAACUAAUCUGAGACAUCAGCAGAAUGAGUCUGCAACAAAAAUAAAAAAUGAGAAGCAAACCACAACAAUGAAAGCACGUCAACAUCAAAGCAGUUUUCAAGUUGCUUUGAAAGGUGCCGAUUCUCCACAGGUGGGUUUACUUGAUUCACAAAACGGGACCAAACAAACAAGUUCACUUUUGAUCAAAAGCCCGACCGAUUUUCACAAGUUCAAGGAGAAUGGGAGAUCGAGACUUGGGUGCUUGACUUGCAAAAUACGAAAAAAGAAAUGCGACGAAAUAAGGCCAGUUUGUUCUGAUUGUAAACGGUUGAAUAAGAAAUGCCACUAUGUCGACCAGUCAACAAUGACAACAGAAGAAAUACGCAGCUUGAAAAGGAAAGUUGAGCUUGAAGAGAGUAAUCACAAGCUAAGGCGAAGAAAGAAGAAGAAAUCGGAAACUGCACUGAAAAAGGAAAAUAAGCAGGAAAGCAAGGAGAGUAAUAACACAAACGUAAAGCUUGAUGGUCGUGACAAACAAGCGUCAUUGGAUGUUUCAAGCCCGAUCUCUGGCUUAAGAUCUGAUGAAUUACUGUCAUCAAAGGGAGAGCCUGGUGCUCACCAUGUCAGUGAAGAUUUUGAACCAACUGCUUCCAAUCCCAUUCUCCCAAUUGUGGAUCGAGAUACCCAUGCACUUUCCUUACCAAGUCCAUCAGCAUAUAUAUCAAACAUGAGAAGUACAGCAAAUGAAAAGAUAGAACUCCAGAAUAUAGAAACCUUAAACAAUGCAAAACCUUUGGAAAGCGAGUUUAACCUACAUCAAGCAUCGACGCCGAGCCCUCCAGUAUUACCACCCCACACAGAUCCGUUUGAAGAUGUUCUUGGGUCAUUCAAAUACCCGCAUCCUGCUGAUAAUGUCUCGAUGGAGUCUCCUUCGGCAUUUUUAAAUCUCCUACGAGAGAUGAACCAUACCGCCGCAUCAGAACACAAGAUUGAGGAACUUGAUGAUUCCAGGUUUGACGAGUUGAAGCAUCUUGCAGCAAGCUCACCAGAAGUGGCACCUGACAUCUAUGCUAUGAUUGAGUCAUUUGACCAAGCACGAUCGAGCGAGCAUGUGGGAAGGUCUUUGGUCACUUCCAGUCCUUCUUUCCCCGACUUAGUAUCAACAUUAAAUGCCCACCUUAAUCCAACACCAAACCCACAACCAAGCUUACUAUCCAUCCCAGAGCUUGCUGAUCCCUCAAUGUCAUACCUUUACAAUUAUUAUGUCGAAGUUAUUUCGAAUAAGGUAUCGGUGGCACCGACAUCUCAAAAUGAGUCCAAUUCGUAUCAAAGGAUUUUCUUGCCAUUGGCCCAGAAGGACAAGGGCGUGUUGUAUAGUAUAUUAGCCUGGGCUGGAUUCCAAUUGGGUGGUAAAUGGGAGGAGGAUGCGGCUAAUUUUGUCUCCAAGGCUAUGCUGUAUUUCCAUAAAAACAAUGACAUUCUCCCAUACGGUGCUUUUCAAAGCGAUCGAAAUUCCAUAAUCAAUAAAUUGGCAAUAUUGUUGAUUCUUGUCGGAGCAAACAUUUGUAAAGGUGAUGUGAAAAAUUGGAGUGUUUAUUUGCGAUGGGGAUGGAGGUUACUUUCAUCUAAUGGGGGCAUCUUGCGAUUCAACCAAUCAAAGGAGGAGAACUGGUUGAUUUCAAAUUUUGCCUAUCAUGAUUUACUAGCCAGUUCAACUAGCGAAAGAGGAACUUAUUUCACAUCUCAUGAAUACAACCGGAUUUUUGAAGAUCAUGAUGUAUUUUUCCUUCGUGGUCAACUUAAUCCACUAUUGGGUAUUUCAAAGAAGUUGUUCACCAUUAUUGGUGAAAUUUCAACUUUGCUUUAUGAAAGUAAAAAGUUGUUGCGAGAAUAUUAUUCACGCGGAGUCGACAAUCAUUUUGAACAAAGUCGGGAAUUCUUGAAUGAGUAUUUGAAUGGACUUGGCGACGAAAAUAAACCAGUCGAAGCAGUAGUGGUUGAGGAUGAUGAAUUUUCCAAUGUUAGCGAUCAUAGUAAAGCCAGCCAGUUGUUAUCAAUCAUGAUUUCAAAAGCAAAGGACUUGGAACGACAAAUUGAUGAAUCCAAACCUGAUAAGCGAGAUAUUUGUAACUUGACAGAUUCGGAUUUGGAAUUGCAGUUGACAUUGUUUGAAGCUUUUCAACUCAGCGCCAAGUUAUUUCUUCGACAAUCAAUACUUCGGUGCAACCCAUCACACUUGGAAUCACAAAUGAUUAACAACGAUUUGAUUAAAUGUUUGGAUAUUUUAACUGGAACUCCAGUACAAGCCUCACUUGUGUUUCCCUUUUUCAUUUCUGGAAUUCACUGUGUUUCUAAACAUGAUCAAGAGUUGAUGUUGCAACGAGUCAAUUCAUUUAUCAAACAUUAUGGAAUGUUUAAUGCAAAUAGAGCUAGAGAAGUGAUGCAAAAGAUUUGGAAGGAGAACUGCAAUGGAGAUAAGAUUAUUGAUUGGCAUGGGAUGUUGAAUGAAUUGGGUUGGGAUUUGAAUUUUGCUUAG